GCGACCCCAUGAGGGAUUAAGCGGUUUGGAAAAUGGAUGGAUGGAUGGGUCUUAAAAAAAUAAACCACUGCACAAAAAUCUCACUUUGUUGUCCGCUCUAUGAUUUUGAAUGAUAAUUUCGUCACUGAGAGUUUUGUAAAGUGAUAUAUGUGCUUAUCAUCAUAUUAGCAUUAGCAGAGCAUGGUUAACACACGCUUCUGUUGGUUACACGGUUGAAACAAUGAUAAACUAGAUGUCUGCUUUCACUUAAAUACCUAAAAAACAGUGCGUAAGCAUGUCACUUAUUGAAUUCAGCACAGUCUAUUACCAUAUACUAUACAAAUAUUGAAUUUCAAGGGAAACAACCCUGUCAUUUUUCCCUCUUCAUGCAGGCCUUCAAGUUUUCCGGCAUUUUCAGUGUGCGGCAAUUGCGGGCGGGGAUUUUGUUUUGUGAGGGCAGAGUUGAUAGAACGGCCGGCGGGAGCAGGCCGGCGGGACUGCGCGCUUUGGUGGCAGAGGCAGGCGAGCGACGCCAGAGGCGCCUUCGUUGGGUGACAGGGACCCAGACCACGGGGUCGAGCCGGGCUCGGGCGAGGCCCACGGGAGGCACCGGGCGUCGGGGGAAUGGAGGGGAGAGACGAUACGCCCCGGCGGCCGCGCGGCACGGCAGACCGCCCGGCCCGCACCCACCCGCAAGCGGAGGUGUACGGAAACGGAAGGCCAGCGCGUCGCGCGGAGCGGAACGCUCGCCCUCCCCAACCGCGGGCCGACGUCCGUGUCCCGCAGAGUGGUUGGAACUCCCUGCUUCCGUGAAGCUCAUAAUUGUACAAGGGGAAAACAAUUUCCAAAAGCUGAUUUUACAGAAUGGGCUUCCAGCGACUUUUCCUGAACAUGUUGAGCACAUUAAGCAGUGUGGAGUACAGUCUGACUUCAGGGUUCAGUUCAUGGAUGCUGAUUUUGACAAUGAAUUUACCAACUUGACUUCUAUAUCAGAGAUCGUGGACAAAAGUACCAUAAAGCUAAUUUUUGAUUCUGGCCAGAUUAGUGACACUCCAACCCCCCUUACUCAGCUUCUUCUACAUCUCGCUGUGGUGAAGACUCAUCACUUUCAAGUGGCUCAGUUGACAAAGACAUUUUGUCAUCUCCUGAUUCUGCAGCCUCAAGAUCGUCUGGAUGGCCUAUUGUUUUUGCUGUUUCCCGAUUCCCGUAUGAUUGUGAGCUGCAGCUGGAAAAAGCCAAUGCCGCAUUCAAAGCAACUGCAACUUUGCUCGACCCUGACAUCAGAUUUAAAACUGCUAUUCUUGACAGUUUAGCUGAAGCAAUUGUGCUGUACAAAGUUUACCCCACUGAUAGUGAAUUCGAAGAGGCAGCAGAAGCCCUUGUAACAGCUCAUCCUUGUUUGAGAGAACCAGGCUCUACCACUGGAUAUGUUGGCUGGAAAGUUAGUUUGAAAUAUAAACUUGUCAACUACAGAAGGAAGCUCAAGCGGCUUGGGUGCCCAGAGGUCGAAUUAAAUUCCUUAACAAAUAAACCUACAGACAAAAGCAGUCCUGCUUACGGUGUGAAGAAGCCCAGGAAAGCUGAGGUGAAUUACUGUCCCUCCUACCCAUCAGGGGACUCUGCAGAGACACUUGAAAAGAUAAGAGAGGUCCUCAUUUCAGAAGCAAAGAAAAGGAACAAUGAGGACACUGGCAGCAAUGAUGGCUAAACCUUUUCUCAUAGAAGGCAAGAAGUUAUUCGAUACACCCAUGAUUGCAGUUUUUAAUCAUGGCCAGCUCUCUUCAGUGUACGGGAGGUAACUAAAUAAACAAUGAGUAUGUACAUAUUUUAAAUUCAAAGAUAGUUUGGAAAUAUUUUUUUGCUUACUUCUCCCUUGUGCUAAUUGGUGUUGUAUGAUAUUUUGUUUCAAGCCUGAUUAGCCACCUUCUCAAGUUACAACGUAAGGAUUGUGCUUCUGUUGAAUGAGAAAAAUAGAUAAAUGUGUAGGUGGCAAUCAAAAAAAAAUUCCAAACGAUUUUUCAAAGAUUUGGUGGAAAAUUGCAAUUUUUAAACUAAUUGGUUGUUUCUAUACAUUGAUGGUUAAAUUUCUCUUUUCCAAUUUCUUGUGCCAAGUUAUGUGUUGAGUUCAAGUUCAAGAGGAUAACAUCAAUCGGUUUGCUGCCAAACUUCUUCUCCGAGCUGGAUGCUCAAUCAUCAAAACUGCCCAAGGUCUUUGGCAAGAAGGGUGGUGACCUGGGAAGAAAGAUCAAGAGCAUCCUGAUUCCCCUGACCCAGACUGACAACAUUGAUGUGAAAAGAGAGUGCAUCCUCAAGGCACUGUCUGUCUACCUGAAUGAAGACCCUGAGAAAGUAGUGAAAGAACGCAUGGACUCUGAUGUUGACAAUGCUCAAGUUGAAAUGGAGACUGUCUUUGGAAUAUUAGUGACUCGCAGAGAAGGUGCAGAGCCUGAAGAUGGUCCGGAGGAUGUGAGCAUCAUUUUGGAGGGGGUAGAUGUCCUCAAGGAGUUGGGUAAUGUAGCAGUUGCAAUGCUGUUUGCUUUAGUUUAUGCACUCAAUCUCAGCUACCCCCCCCCCCCCCCCGAGUGGAAAUACACUUUCGAAGCUCUGCAGAAACUCAUUAUGGGGCUUGAUGGACAGAGGUUGUCUAAGAAAAUCCAAGUGCUGAAAACCCUACUUGCUCGUUAAUAUUUUGUAGGGUAACAGUUAGGGGACUUUAACUUUGAAAGUAUCCUAGAGUCCAUGUUGGGAAGGCAGGUGGGGAGCCGUUCAGUAAUUAAUGGUGUUUUAAAAUUUUUGUGUUUUAUGUUUGAAUGCUCCCAAUGGUUGCCAAAAUGCAAAUCCUUCUGUUCUUGGUAAUAUAUUUCUGUGCUAAACCAUUUACACCAUAAGUAGAGGUCUCUACAGAAACAUUUUCAGAAUUGUGUUUAUUUAGUUUUUUUUCAAAUUCAUGGAUGUAAAAGAAUGCAGUUUUAUUUUUUAUUGUAUUUAUUUUGUAAAGUCAAAUGUUUUUCUUUGUUUGCCUCUUCAUGGGCAAUAAAGUUCAAUUUCAAGGAA